GGUGAAGGCUAUCGUACCGUCCCCCUUUCUGGACAUGUAGGAUUUGACAGUUUGCCUGACCAGCUGGUUAAUAAGUCAGUUAAUCAUGGUUUUUGUUUCAACAUCCUGUGUGUGGGGGAAACUGGCCUUGGUAAGUCCACACUCAUGGACACACUUUUUAACACCAAGUUUGAAGGUGACCCAGCCUCUCACUCACAGCCUGGGGUCCAGCUGAAAUCUAAUACCUAUGACCUGCAGGAGAGCAAUGUCAACCUCAAACUGACUAUUGUGAGCACAGUUGGCUUCGGGGAUCAGAUCAACAAAGAGGACAGCUAUAAGCCCAUCGUCGAGUUCAUUGAUGCUCAGUUUGAAGCCUAUUUGCAAGAAGAACUGAAGAUAAAGAGGGUCUUGCACAACUACCACGACACCCGAAUCCAUGCUUGUUUGUACUUCAUUGCUCCGACAGGCCACUCACUGAAAUCCCUGGACUUGGUAACAAUGAAGAAGCUUGACAGCAAGGUCAACAUCAUUCCCAUCAUUGCCAAAUCGGAUGCCAUUUCCAAGAGUGAGCUGACCAAAUUUAAAAUCAAAAUCACAAGUGAACUGGUCAGUAACGGUGUUCAGAUCUACCAGUUCCCAACAGAUGAUGAAUCGGUGGCAGAGAUAAAUGGGACAAUGAAUGCCCACUUGCCAUUUGCGGUGAUCGGCAGCACGGAGGAGCUGAAAAUAGGAAACAAAAUGAUGAAAGCUCGUCAGUACCCCUGGGGCACAGUGCAGGUGGAGAAUGAGGCUCACUGUGACUUUGUGAAACUGCGCGAGAUGCUGAUCCGUGUGAACAUGGAAGACCUUCGUGAACAGACCCACACGCGCCACUAUGAGCUGUACAGGCGAUGUAAACUGGAAGAGAUGGGUUUCAAGGACACCGAUCCAGACAGCAAGCCCUUCAGCUUACAGGAAACUUAUGAGGCUAAAAGAAAUGAGUUUCUGGGGGAACUGCAGAAAAAGGAAGAGGCGAUGAGGCAAAUGUUUGUCCAGAGGGUCAAGGAAAAAGAAGCGGAGCUGAAGGAAGCUGAAAAAGAGCUGCAUGAAAAGUUUGAUCGUCUAAAGAAGUUACAUCAGGAUGAAAAAAAGAAACUAGAGGACAAGAAGAAGUCUCUGGAUGAUGAAGUAAAUGCAUUUAAACAAAGGAAGACCGCAGCUGAAUUGCUUCAAUCUCAGGCUCAGCAGGCUGGAGGAUCGCAAACUCUUAAAAGAGAUAAGGAGAGAAAAAAUAACCCAUGGCUCUGUACUGAGUAAUUACCCCUGAAUACAAUGGGCUGGAAUGGACCUUCAUUUACUUGUUAAAUCGGAGGGUCUAAUAAAACGUGACAGCAUUUCAGCUGUGACCUUUCCAUGGUGUUACCCUUGCUCUGUCCUAUCCUAUAUUCUCAUUGUAAAUCUGUCUUUACUAUGUACUGGUGGUUAUUGCUUUUGUUAAACAAUGUAAAAUAAGUCCGUGGUGAGGUUUUGGACGCUGCAACUUUAAAUCUAUUUUUUUUCCCCACAAUUAAUGGACUCCCCUUUCUCCUGGCCCCUCUCCACCCAGAUAAAUAAGGGAUGUGGAAAUAAGUUCUGUGAGUUAUUUUUGCUGGCAAAAUAACAAUGCAGUUUAAAUGUAUUUAUUGGUGACGUUAAGAUGACAACACCACCUUAGUUUAAUUAUGGCAUAGUUGAGAGAUUAAAAACUCUUUUCUCUUUAUACUUGGUGUCAUUUUGUGACAUCAUCUAUCUUUUUUUUAAUUUGCUUUUUUUUUUUCCUUUUGCUAAUUCAUGCCACCUGAAAAUCAGCAUGUAAUACUCAUUGCCAUUUCAGACUUGCUUGUUGUGGCCCUGAUGCUUCAGCUGCACUGUGCGCGGGCUAAGCUGUCCCUAGGUGGAGGAAUCCGCGUGUCCUGACCCUGCAGAAAGGUCGGGAUGUCCUGGCAUAGUUUCAACAAAGCCUCCUCACGUCUUAGGUUUUUUGGAGGAUGAGCACACCUCAGACCUAGCCAUGAGAGGUAAUGCAGUUUUUAGUGCAGGCUGUUGCUUAGCCUGUUACCCAGAGAGGUAGUCUGGAUGAUGCUCCAACCUCAUGAACAACUUCUCCCCUCUUCCCUAUCUGCAAACCAAUACCCUGUCGGACACAGGCGGGCUGCGGUGAUCAGCCAAGCUCUGACCACCAGAGCAUUUAUCGUGAGUUCAGGACAAUGUUUCGCAGUCAGGUGAGCUUGUCAUUGCCUUGCAAAAUCUGAUAUCCAGGGACGUGUUAUUUGAGCCAGCUUCCUGGCCCAUGUCUGCUGGUAAAUUUUUGCUUUAAACCCUCUACUUCUGAAGUAUUUUCAUUUGCACAGAUAGAGGGCGUUCAAAUCAUCUUGGAUCAGUGCUACCAAAUGAAAAGUUUGUAUUCAGUGAUACACAUUGUAACAUAAAUAAAGAGCCAAGUUUAAAACAGUUCUCAAAACUUUUGGGGUCGGUGCACACCGCGGUUGGUCGCGGGGGCUCUCACAGGAGCAGCAAGCCGCUCGCAGUAACCCCGGCUCAGACGGAGGUGUGGCCCCCAUGUGCGGCAAUCAGCAGUUAGAGCUCUUGAUUGCAGUGUAUUUAUAUUAUCUCAGGUAUCCUGUUUCACUGUAAAUUCACUUUUAUUUCCCCUAAAAUGCUUUGGCUCUUUUUUUUUUUAAAGCGAGUUAAAAUAACUCCAGUAUUUACUUCUUUUGUUACUGUUGACGGCAGGCCUGCUCCCAAAACCAGUCAAUAUCAUUUUGUUAGCGUUUUCUAGGUUAUCUGUUAAAAAGAGCAUUUAAUCUGGCUUUUGUUUCCCAUGCUGCAGGUCACUGGCUGGCUUUCUUGACCAUUUGCCUUAUUAGAAUGUUAUUAGAAGUUUUUUGUGUUUUUUUUUUUAAAGAAAGGUUUGACUUGUGUGAUUUCCUUGAAGUCCUAGGCACCACAAGAUGCACAGCCUCAUACAGGAGGUUCCAUCUCUCCUCUGUCAGCUGUUUUCAUGUUGCAUCUCCUUUUUCCUGCUUUUUGAAUGUCUUUCUCUGUUUUGAUAAUCUUCUGGUUUUUUCUCUUUUUUUCCCCU